ACGCCAAUGGAUUGCACGCACCUGUAUGCCGGUGGGUUGAGUAGCAGUCCGCACUUUUUUCGUAGUGAUGGCGACUUACAAUCUGUCAAGAAGCACUUCUCCUGCUUUGCCGAAAGUGAAAAAAUGAAUUAUCCCCUGGAGGUAGGCAUUCCCAAGGUGAAGAAGCAGAGGAGAAGGUACGAAAACGUAUUUGACCGAUUGACGGAUGAGAACUUUUACACAGGAAUGUACAAGCAAAAAUUUGAUACGUUAAGGAGCAGGGCCGCCUCGAAAGGGACUUGCUCAAAUGUUAACCUUAACCACCUACUGACGCAGGGAGGUGACUCAACCGAACAGCGCCCACCGCCCAUUUGGGGGAAGGAGCAGGAGCAGCAGCAGGAGAAGUGCAGAACUUGCAAAAUGUGCAGAACUUCCAAAACGUGCGUAGUUACUGCAGGGACGCUGGGGGUGCAAAAGUAUGGAAUUCAAAUCGCACCGCCCAAAAACAUUUGGCUGUUUCGCAACGGAGAUGAACACCACAAUGGGCUGCUUUUCCUAGUCAAGCCACACACACGCAAUUGGAAGUCGCUGCUGAGCGAAAUUACCAAAGUGCUGGACCCCACCAUUGGACCUGUUCGAACUAUCUACAACGCAAACUUUCGCCAGGUGCACAGGGUAGAGGAGCUGAACGAUGGGGAGAAGUACUUGUGUACAUCUGGGGAGCCCCCUGCGCGCGUGGACAGGCUGACUCGCUUCCUCAGUCGCUGGGUGAUGCACGGCAAUGACCCCCAUGCGGGGUAG